CCGAAUAAGAUUGUGUGACCAAGUCUACUUUAUGAUUUUUUGUUUAGACCUUGGCUUAGCGCAGAUACAAGCCUACCAAGAUUUUAUCAAUAGACAAGAGAGGUACUGUUAUCUAUAUUUUAAAUUAAUCAAAAUGAUUUCAUAAAGAAGCCAUGGUGCUAACAAGUACACAAUUCUUUUCUCUUUUUUUUCCAGAUAAUAUCCUGAGAUGCCUAUACAUGAAGUUCUACAUAAAGCUGAGAAGGAGAAUAUAGAUACAUGUGACAGGUAAUUUUUUGUGAAGUACAUUUUUCUGUGUUAUUGCCAAUUUUUUUUUAUUUAAGGUACUUUUGUUUUAAUCAUUGUUUUUAAAACAUGUAUAUCAAAUUAACUUACAGGGCUUUGGCCGACUGUUUCAAAAUGGGAAACAAAGUAUACCUACCAAUUGAAAUUUGGGAUGACAUACCAAUCAAUGAUGUCCAAUUUCUGCCACAUAACAUCAAUGGCAAAAAAAUAUUCUGUUUACCAUUCAACCCUUUGGAUAGAAUGGCCUCCACAAUUGACGGACGACCAUGGCAGAAAUAUGUUGUUUCUAAAAGAAAAGAUUUUCAUGGCUUAAGACGAUUAGCCAAAUGCAAAGGCAGUUACAAAUGUUUGAACAACAACUGCAGUUAUUUAAAAGAAUUCAACGAAAGUAAUAGACAUCACUUCAAGGGUAUUAAAUGUGUCCACUGUAAACUAGAAGGGGAAUUGGUUGCCUGUGAAGUAAGGAAGAUAUGGGAGUUCUAUGAUAACAACAAAGUUAGGGUCUACCAUUAUGGUAAUCACUCGUGUGUUUGCAAGCCUCUCCUGGAUACAGCAACAACAAAUAACAUCAUUGAUCAAUUCAAGGACAAUCCCAAAUUAAAACCAUGUCAACUAGCAAGCACAGUUUUAUGUAAAGCAAUGACAGAAGGGAAGUGGGACAAAUUGGAUGAAAUAUCUAUGUCCUUGGUAGAUGUUCAAAAAACCAACAACUUAAAGAAGAAAGCAUUGAAAGAAAUACAACCUCAUGGACACUCCUUGGAAGCUGUAUCAAUUCUCAAAACAGCUACAGACAAAAGGGACAAGUUCUUGAUAUAUCAACUAAAUGAUCGGAAAUUCAAUGGUGAACCAACCUUUGUAUUUAAAACAAGUGAAUUCAAGUUAAAAUUGAUCAAAGAUAUGGACCGUUUUUGGAGAUAAAGUUUUAUCAACUGAGUAUGCACACAUUGAUGGGAAAGAGAACAGAUGUUUACACUUCACAACCCUUGUUCUCAGCGUAUACCAUCCUAUCUUACGUAAACAAAUCCCACUUGCAAUAAUGGAGUGCGAAGGCGAGUCAACAAUAGCAGUCAAAAAAUUUUGGCAAUUAGUGGAUAAAGCAUUGUCAGAGAAAUUCAACAAGGCAGAAAAGUUCAACCCUUGUGGUUUAAUAAGUGAUGAAGCUGGAGCAUUUUGGAAAGCCGCAUCUGAAACCUUCCACCCAGAUAUUGUGGCCAACAGUGUCAGUUGUGAAUUUCACUUCAAGGAAAAUGUAAACAGACACUCAAGGGCACUAGGUAAUAAAAAUUUUUCUUAUUUAUCUUUCAUACUUAUUUACCUGAUGCUUAAAAGAAAAAAUGUACAGAGAAUCUUAACCUCAUUUCUGGGACAUGUGUAAAUCAUUCCAUUAUAUUUCUUUUCAUACAGCUGACGAUAAAAGCAUUUAACAUUUUAAAAAGUUGGCAUUCCAAUGGCUGGAAUCUGCAACUCCAGCUGGCUAUCAAACAACACUUUGCGUCCUUCAAAACUUUUGCAUCACCACUGCUGCAAAGAAAAACCUUACAAAUUUUAUUACUUGGUGGAACAACAGGAAGAUGCAUUGGUCACGUGCAUACAAGGCUACUUUGUUCUCCCCAACAACAAAUCAAGCAGAAGUCAUAAACCGGCCAGAUACUGAAAAAGAGCAGAAAAAAAGAGGACGAAAACCAGCCAAACAUGUGAGUGCUUAUGACAUUGACUUGAACGUUGAAACAUGUGACCAUGCAAAUUUAGGGAAGAACGCAGCAUAACUUUUAAUAGAACAUUGCAAAGGGCAAUUGCUCAAAAAAAUGACAUAAAAAUUGACAGAAUUGAAAGAGGUCCACAAAAAACAUCAUUUACUGUUAAGAGCAAGAAGGUAUUCCAGCUUACUAGUGAUAAAAAACAUAUCUUCUGGAGCACCUAUACCACAAUCAUUGAUGCGUCACCAAGUUGUGACUGCCAAUUCCUUCUGGCAAAUCUGAACGAAAUAUGUAAGCACAUGGUUUGGAUAUUGCUUAACAUCUAUGGUUGUUUACCCAACAACAUUAUCUUGCAUCAACGAGGAUACACCUCUCAAGAAUUGGAAUUCAUGCAAGAAAAUGAAAUAAAACAAGUCGCUGAAAGUAUUAAGUAUCAGAAAGCAAACAAAGACGUAAAUGUAAGUGGCUCAAAAACAACUAGCAAAAUGGAAGAAAUAUUUGAGAAGCAUCCAGCCAACAAAACGAAACAAGACUGGAAAAAUACGAAGCUUAAAAAGCAGAAA